ACAGUAUCAGUUGAAAACGGCUUCACAGUCAUGAAAUGCAUUCAAAUAUAUGGACAACGGCAACCUGGUGUAGAUGUUCAAUACUGUUGGUACUUAGAAUGGAAUUGGUUGAUUGUCUAUUAUGUUUCAAUGUGUCUAUUAAUUGGAAUCAACCUGACGCUCUCUAUUAUUACGGCAAGGCAUAUAUACGUGGAGAAUAAAAAGAACGAAUUGCAGUGGAACAGUUCUGAGAGUCAAAUGAAAUUAACAAGUCAAGCAGAUUUCUGUAUGUUUUUUCGGAUGUUUGCUGUUGCAGGCGUUAUCUGGUUGCUUGACAUGCUCGAAAUGCUUUCUUUUCUAUUUGAAAUCAAUAUGGAAAUCAUGGAAUUUAUUUCUGAAAUAAUCCUAUCUUCUCAGGGCAUAUUAUUGUUUUUCGUAACAAUUUUGAAAAGGGACGUACUACAGUCUCUCUCUAAACGAAUGAAGUCAAAAGGCGAUAAGCCAAUUCAACGGUCAGAAAUUCAAGAGUAAGGAAAGAAUCAAAAUCGAUAAGUGAUCCUAACAAAUUAACCUUAUUCACUUUUGUGUAUUUAUAGUUAAGUUUAUAAUUAAAUUAUUCUAUUUUACA